CUUAAAGUGAAUCAUUCAAUAAAGUUAUAUACGGUAUACACUGUUAUAUAAAAUGUGUGUUAUAUAAGUGAAUAAUAAGUUUUUUUCUCUAAAAAAAAAGUUAGUAGUGUUUAGAGAGAGAGACUAGUGUUUUAGGUCAUCACACAAAACAAUUUGAUUACCGUAUAUAUACUGUCUAUAUAUAUAUAUAUAUUGUCGCCGACACUCAUAUAUAUCUAUUGAGAGACACACACGUAGUAGUAAUAGUAGUAAUAGUAGUAAUAGUAGUGAUCAUCGACUAAGUGCUCAUUUACUUGAUAAGUGAUAGCUUAGUAAGUCAUACAUACAAAACUAGUGACUGACUGACCGGGAAUUUUUGCGGACACACCAUAAAAAUGUUGUUGAUACCAUCAUCAACAUCAUCGACAUCAUCAUCAAUGUUGGUCAUCAUCAUUGUUGUAUUAAACAUACUAAUCGGUGUAAUACUGUCGACACCGUUAACAGCACAGGCAGUACUACAACCGGCAUCACCACUGAUACCGGCAAACAAUGAUAAUAAUAAUAAUAAUAAUAACAAUUAUAAGAUAACAUCGCGUUUUAAACGUCAAACUUCCUAUAAUUUCAACCAAUUUCACGCAAACUUUUCCAAUCCUUAUCAAUUUCCACCGCAACCGGACCUAAGCUCAACAUUCAGACAACAGUUUCAUCAAUUGGGUUCACCAGCUAUUGUCGGUGGUGGUGGUGGUGUCGACCCAAAUAGCAAUCAAGCAUUCAAUACAAUCAGACGGUUCCCACAGUUUCCAUCCAAUAGUAAUUUGAAUACAAAUAUUAACAACAAUCAGCCGUCACUAGACUCGUCGUCGGCAGCUCUGUUACCCCGUCAGCCGCAGGUCAUAUCGGUACUGAGCGGAACGGGUGUAGGUCCGCAUCAGGCCGUAUCGUGGAAUCCGCCGCCAACAAUAGUACCGCCAGCGUCGGUGAUCGGCAACAACAACAAUAAUCGCCAGAAACAGACUUAUCAAAUCAAUCCGCAACCACAGUCCACACCACUAUCAUCGUCCGUAUUCGGGUCAUCGCUAGACGGCGGCGCCGGCGGGUCGUUAUCCGACAAAACGGAAUCGGAACGCCAGAAUCGAUAUGUUGGCCAUCAAUCGCAGCCACAAUCGCAGAGUUUCUAUCCGCCACAGCCGCCCACUCGCGAGUAUGAUUUUGCCGGCGGCGUAAGCCGUAGUGGACUCCAGUCGGCACAUCAUCAGCAGCCGUCUUCGUCGUCUCAGUCAUCGGGAGCAGCAGUAGAGUCGGCACUUCUGGCAUCUCGUCAACCAUCGCCACAGCCUUCAGCCGCGUCGUCAUCGUCGGCCACCAGCAGUGGUGGCAGUAAUAAGCCUUCAAGCGGUGAGAAUAAGCCACAAAAAGAUGAUGUCGUCAUCUAUUACUACUACUAUUAUGACGACGACAAGAAUGGCACCAAUAAGGCUGGAUCGUCGGCAUCAUCGGCCGGAGCCGCAGGUGAUUCAAACCUUGACGCCAUACCAUCGUUAGAAUCAUUUGAUCAAAACCGUGGGUCUAACAGAGCCGGUGGUGAUAAACCGGGACGAGUUGUCAUCAAGAAUGCCGCCAAUGAUAACAACAACAACAAUAGAGAUAAUAAUAAUAAUAAGGAAACAGUAGUUUCAUCCAGAGAUAAGUCGUUUGGUCGCCAGGAUUCUUCGCCAUCGUUUGGCGACAUACGUAAGCCAUCGCCGCCACCGCAACCGCUGCCGGCACCUGUGGUUCCCAGUAGUCAGCCACAGUCGACGCCACAAUUUUUCAUAACUCCAUCGCCAUUCACACCGCCACCACCGCCACCACCAACACAAUCAUCAGCAGCAGCUGAUAAUCUACCAUUCGGUUCAUUUCAAAGUCUUCGAGAGAUUCCGUCUGCAGGAGCUGUAACCCAAUCACCGGUUGAAAGGAGUCGCGAAACGGUUAGCGUUUCAGUUUCGGAAAACCAGAACAACGCCGCACCGGUAUCUAAUGUUUUCCGUUAUGGAUCAUCGGUUAGCUCACAGCGAGGAGGAAACUCACCGUUUGACAGUUCCCGCGGAGGAGGAGGAGGAGCAUCGCAGCCACAACCACAACAGCCGCAAACUUUUAGCAGCACUAGUAGUGUCCGAAGCAGUAGUUCCAGUAGUAGUAGUAGCAGUUCGAGCAGCAGUUCCGGUGGGGUAUCGUCGUCGUCGUCGUCGCCGGCUUUCGGUAAUGCCAUCAACAACGGUGGUCAUCGCGGCGAUCAUCAUCAGCGACCGCAGAGUUCGUUUUCGCCACAAUUUCCCGGCCAAGCGUUCCGUCACAUUCCGUCGUCGUCAUCGCAACAACAACCGGCCGCCCAACCACAGGAACCGUCAGUUACUCCAGGUUUUGUAAACUUUGGUCGCAUUACACCGCCGCCGGCAUCAGCGCCAGUGGACGACUUUCCGCCACCCAAACAGCCAGUAGACAAUCAAUUGGAUAGUCUGGGUCGUCCGGCCAAUGCGUUCGAGUCGUUUUCGUUGGCCACUUUUCCGCCAACAACGGUAACCAUACCGACACAACCAUCAACAACAACAACAACCACUACGACUACUACCACUACAACCACAACGACAACACCUGCACCGCCACCUCCGUCGCCAUCCACUCCCGCGGCCCCCGAGGAAGAAGCGUCUGAAGCGCCGCGAAGAUUCGGUAAUAGGCGACGACCUAACGCCGCCUCCAAUCGAAACUCAUUCCUCCUCAACAGAGUUCGUCCGACUAUCGGCAGUACUACCACUACGACAACCACUGCCACUCCACCGACUACCAGAGCUGCUCGUAUUACAAGACCCACGGCUGGCGGCAACAGUGUCGGCGGAUUUCGACAAAGACCCGGCCGAUUCAGGAAACGGCCCGGAAAUGAUGAUAACAACAACGAAUCAGAUACAACCGUAAGUGCAACGACAGCGGCCAGUGUAGCACAACAACAGCCAUCGUCUACCGAAGCCGCUGUAACCGCAGCGCCGUCAACACCGCGUAGAUUUUUGGGCGCCGGCGGUGAACGUCGACGAUUUGGCGGAACUCCACGUACGCCGGCCACAAUCAACAGACUGUCGCCGUCAUCGCAGUCAUCGACAGCAACACCAUCGGCUUCAGCAACAUCGGCACCGGUAGCAGCCACUACCAGAUCACCGCUAUCAUUGAGACGGCCAGCUAAUCCAUUAAUCGGUUCCCGAAAUCGACCUCAACUCAGAGGCCGACAGCCGUUUUCGAGAAAUAAAAAUCAAGAAAAUACCGACGAAACAAGUAGUCCGGCGCCCGCGCCCGUCGAGUCAUCGCCUGCAUCAUCGCCGCCGGCGAGUAGCGAAUCGUCAGUCAAUGUGCCAUCAGAUGACAGUCCGGCUGCUGCUUUGGCCGCCGCCGAUGAAGCCGGCAAUCAGCCAGCAAACAACAAUCAACCAGAGGUUUCGUCAUCAUCGCCACCGCCAGCCAGUGAGCAGCCGCCAACACCUGACCAGAAGCCGAAAGGCCGACUACAGAGACCAUUGUUUGCCAACCGGCAGCGAUCCAGUCUGUUUGGCCGCAGAGGUGCCGCCGGCGCCGCCGCCAACACUGGUAACUAAACAUAACACAUGUGUAGUCAUCCCAUCCCUCUCUCUCUAUAUAUAUAUAUAAACAAAAA